AUGGAGCCUCAAAAGCUACCCGAAGCAGCCGAGGAAAUUCGCCAGGAGAUGAAGGCAUUGAUACCACAAGUGUGGAUGGUCAAUGAGGAUAUUCAUGGAAAUAAGAACUACAGUGGGGAUGCAAUUCGGAAUUUGAUGUAUCGUAUGAAAGUUGCGUUGAAGCUGGACGAGGUAGGCAUUACAGAGCUGGCAAGGAUGCUUGAUAUACCGGUCAAAGCCUACAAAUUUGAUCAAUUCUGGAAGACAAGCAUACAUUAUACCGAUAUCAGACAACGUUCAGAUGUACCCAGAAGGGUCAUUAAAAGGUGGAUGUUUUAUCCAAAUGAAGAACGAGCAGCUUCUGGCAGCAGGAGUGACAGCUUUGAUUCUUAUAAACUCAACUUAGUCUCAAGUGCUGGUAUGGCUUGA